CAAGUUCAAGGAGGCUGAGCUUGUUGAACAGUCAGCCACAUCCAAGAACAGUUUUCUCAGAGGACAGAACAUUUAGACACAUCUGAGGAAAAAGAAAUACCUUGAAUGUAUGAUUGUCCAAACUUUGUCCAGGCUUUGUCCAAACUCUUAGCAGCCCCACCUGAAGAUGGAGAUGAGAUGGCUGCUUUGGGCAUACUAUUUCAUUCUAACCCACAUCAUCAGUGCUCUGUCUGAAAUCAUCAUUAAGAAUGAGAAAACAGUCUAUGCCUUGCCUGGUGAUGAUGUGACUCUAACAUGUAGCAUCCUGAAAGGAAAAGGAAUCCAUGUCACACAAACUCAGUGGUCAAAAGUUGAUGAGCUCUCCCAAAGAACAAUCGGUGUAUAUAAUCCUCGCUAUGGUACAACUUUCAAUGGAAGAGGUUACAACUAUUCCAUGAACUUCAGAAAGGCCUUCCAAUUUUGUCAGCCAGACUUCAGCCACAGCACUUCAGCAAAUUAUGCAGAAUGUGACCAAUGGAUUUUGCAGAUGAGGAAUGUGAGUCUUGAACUGUCUGGCUUGUAUCAGUGCAGUUUUACUACAUUUCCAGCUGGAACAAGCAGCUCAGAAAUCAAUCUUGUUAUUAUAAAGAGUGAUGACAAGAACUUUGUGGCAGAAACAUUGCUAAACCAGACACUGGAAAUCCCAUGCUUGAAAGAUGUGCCCUCUGAAAACCUGACAAAUUCUACUUUGAAAUGGUUUCUGAAAGAGAACAAGAAUGAAGAGUUACUUAUAAGUAAACAGUCCUACUAUGCUCCUGGAUACAAAGCCAGUCCUACAAUAUUCAAGGAUAGAAUCAAAAUUAAUCCAGAGGACACAUUAAUAAUUUCACCUGUAUCAGUCCUCGAUGAUGGCAAGAAAUUUGUCUGUUCUGUUUUCUACCAGCCUGGAAGAAUCAUUAAGAGCACUACAGAUGUGAAAGUGUUUGUGAAACCAGAAAUCUCUAUUACCCUCAACACAAGCUUGAGAAGAAAGGCUAAUUUUACCUGUGUGGUAAGGAAGGCAUUUCCCAAGCCAAACCUCCUAUGGUAUAUGGAUGGAAAGAUCCUGAAGGACAAAUCUGAAGGAAUAUCCAUUCAAAAUCAAGUUACAAAGCUAGUGGGAGGUUUUUAUGAGAUGCAGUCUCUGCUGACAAUAUGGAGUUCAACCCAGUUACCCAUCAACCAGGCUUACAAAUGCAUGACAGUGUACCUUUACCCUGGAAAUGAAACACUGAAUAUUUCAUCUGAGGAAGUUAUCCUUUCUUAUGGGUUGCAGACUACAACUUCAGAAUCCUUUAUACCCAGUAGGAAAAUUCCUUUAACUUCCGAUUCCUCCACAGGACAACCCUGGCAUUCCACAAAAGACUUGCAAGAUAAGACCCUGGCCAAGUUCUUCAGUUUCUCUACAGUGCUACAAAGAAAUCUAUCCACUGAAAGAGUGGCUGAACAAACCACAGUGGGUAACCAUGAUAAUUCUCCCACUCUAAAAGGCCAAUUCAAUGAAACUGGCACUGCAGCUGGUUCAGAACAUAUUCAUUUCUCCUGGCCAGCAGUUGUAGCUGCCCUGAUUUUCUUUUGCACAUGUUUAAUCAUUUUGGGGAUCAGAAAAUGGUGUCAGUAUCAAAAGGAAAUCAUGAACAGACCACCAUCUUUCAAGCCGCCACCACCUCCAAUUAAGUAUACCUCUAUGCCAGUAUGUGCCGGAAUUUACACAGCCUGCAAUGAACUGGAAAAUCUAUAAUGGGCCUGAGGUGUUCUGGUCUAAUAAUGAAUUCUUUCACUGUAUGUCUUUUACAAUAGAUUGCAGGAGUUCAGUGGCAGUGACCCAUAUUCCAAUUUAGACUGCUUAAUCUUGCAUUAAUGUCAGGAACAUGGUAUUCCUAAGUACACUUACUCAGGGCAAUUUACCUCCUGCAGUCAAUUGACGUAGUGAAGCCAAACAUAUCUCAUAUUACAGGUACUCAACCUGAGUUGUGUGACCACCAAGGAAAUGACAUAAAAUCAUAUUAUUUUUGACUAUCUAUAAAAGGCAAGGUUUAAGUUUAUGAAGUUCACAGUUACUCUUCAGAUUGGUUUUGUUUUUCAUAUUUAGCCUGACUUUAAAAAUAAACCAGAUGUGACCAA